ACAGUUUAUGCAGACGAUAUAAUUCCACAUCGCCAGCUCAUGUAAAAAAAAGGAGCAAGUGUUGUUCGAGUGCUGGUCAAUAGAUCACCACUCCCUCUAGGUUGGCCUUGGGAGUUGUCGAGAACCCGGGGAGAUCAAUGCAUUGUACAAGCACACCUCGUUGAUGUAGGUCCUGUCGACGAUGACGCUCAUCCAUCACCCGAUGUCUGCCUCGGUACUGUUGAUCCUGGGGGUAUUCGUGCCAGCGGCCAGUUAUGUCGUGCUUCCGGCAGAGGAACAUGCAGAUGCCAGGGAUGUCUGCAUCGCCAUUAACCAGAAACUACUUACGGUACAGUCGUUGGAGGAGAAGGCCACGUUGGAUGCGUUUAUGUCGUCAAGUAACAUGGAAAGUGAUCCGUGGAUUGACGUCACCUAUGACUCGGGACAAGGAAAGCACAUUCUUACUUCCGGACAGCCUAUCACGUGGUCAGACUGGCUGAACGUGUCCGCUCCACUGGAGCCACGGGACGAGGCCACGAAGAGGUGCGUCAAAGUGGAGCGCAACACCGACAACACGUGGCUCUCUACCUACUGUCAUGACAUAUACCUGACUAUCUGCGGAGAGUUAGGAGUGUACUUCAACCUGUCGGUGGUGACGUACACUGAGGCCAAGGCGGCGUGUGCCGCACAGGGCUCGGUCGUAGCCAAGGUGCAGAACCAAGUAGAACUGGAGGCCUUCAUCGACGUGCUCAACAAUGCUUCCACCAUUGGUCUCCCCUGGUUAGGCAUUGAGUUUAAUGACACGGGUUACGUGUUCAGUGACGGAAGUGAUGUCACGUGGUUCAAAUGGAAAACUUUGGACUUCCGUGAACCGGAAGGCCUGUCAUGGAAACUCUGUGUGGUUUAUGACCACCAGUACCGUGGGUGGAAGGCGGAACAGUGCACAAGAACUGCCUCAGUCAUCUGUCAAGAAAAGAAAGUUACUCCCAAUUACCGGCUGUUAGCCAUUGAUGCCGAUCUACCCUUGGCGCCAUCUUUUACCAUAGUAACGAAAAUCCACAACAAGUGUGCAAUGAUUUGUUACGACCAGUCAUGUACACAUUUCACCGUAGAUGGAGAAGAAUGCCGUCUUUAUUAUGCCACGGGAACGCAGACUUGGACGCCGCUGGUGGGGGCCACGCUCUGGAUUGAGGGGGAACAACUCUAAACAUCAUAACGUGGGUGCAAAACUCAUGGCCUACAAGUUCGUGGCUGCGAUUAAGGGAAACCAUGUCAGUUUGAAAGGACAAAGUUGGAAACCAGACCUUAAUGAGUGCGGGUCCUGCCUCUUGAAGAUGCCCUGAAGGUCUGAAGGGUCGCUGCAUCAGACACGGACACCCGUACGUCUAAACCAGGGAUGCCAGGAACAUGAAUCUGCAAAUCUCGGUUUUGUAUUUAAAUAUAGCACUCAACAGAAAGAGUAUUUAUCGUUGACACACAUGCCUAUUAUGUAUGGCCUUCCAUGAUGGCCUUGUAUGUAUAGCCUUGUAACUAAUAAACAUACCGUGUCUCUUCAACAAAGAGAGUUUUGUUCGAGUUGUUUUGAACGUUCUAUGGUUCUAUCGCUGUAUUCUUGAGUCUGCUAUCACUGAUGAGGAAAUAAGUUCAUGUCUUUUUCAUCUGAAAAAUGGCAAGUCAGUUGGUAGAGAUGGUGUAAUUGUUGAACUUUAGAAAUCAUCUAUACAUAUUAUUAUGCCUUUUUUAAAGAUAUUGUUUAAUAGUAUUUUUAACACAGGUGUUUUUCCCAUGGCUUGGACGAAAGCAAUAGUUAUUCCUUUACAUAAAAAGGGUGAUCGCAAAAACCCAGAUAAUUACAGGGGGAUUUCUUUAUUGUGUAUAUUAAGUAAAUUAUAUACAUCUAUUUUAAAUGUCCGUAUCACGAACUGGGCAAAUAUAUGGAGUAAAGUUCCCGAAACACAAGCAGGC